UAUUUUUGUUUUCUUUCGAAAGGAAACCCUAAGUGUGAAAGAUGAAAAUAGCUGUGGCUGUUUUCUUGUUGAUCAACAUUGUGAACACAUGUUGUUGUACGAGUUUGGAGCUGCAUGCAGAUGUUGUUCUUUUUGGGGCUCUUGGAGACCUGUCCAAGAAGUAUUUAUGGCAGAGUCUUUUCCAACUCUUUUUGAGUGAACAAAAUGACAACAAAACAUUUUCAUUUUACGGAAUUUCCAGAGAUGGGGAUGAAGAAGGUUCCAAAAGACUUUCCAAAAUCUUGGACGAUGUUAGCUGCAAAGGAGAUAUUAGCACAUUUUGUGGUAUAAAACUGCUAGAAUUUAGACAGCUUGUCCAGUAUGUACAACUAAAAACUGAUGAUCAAUUUAAAAAGUUUGGAAAGCAAACUUUGAGAAAUGAAAUUAAUAAACCAAACCAGACACUUGGGAGGAUCUUCUAUCUGGCUCUUCCCCCAAAUGUGUAUUCUUCAGUUGCUGGAAAACUCUCAUCUUGUUGCAAGCUUAAUACAAGCCAUUCCUGGUCUAGAUUAGUCUUAGAAAAACCCUUUGGAAGUGACUUGCAGUCAGCACUUGCCAUGGCAACAGAAAUUGGGAAAUAUUUUACUGAGGAGGAAAUAUACCGAGUGGACCACUAUUUAGCAAAAUCAGUGGUGAAACAAAUUCUACCAUUCAGAACAAGAAAUGCUGAAAAAUUGGAACCAAUACUGAAUAAUGAACAUGUAGAGAGAAUUGAGAUAGCAAUGAAAGAGACAAUUGAUGUCAGAGGUAGAAUAGAAUUUUAUGACAAGUAUGGAGUGAUCCGGGAUGUCAUGCAAAAUCAUCUGACAGAGUUACUUGCCUUGGUAACAAUGGAGCUUCCAAACAGGUUAGAAAAUGAUGCAGAAGCCAACAAGAACAAAAACAAGUUACUAACCCAAGUGGAAGUAAUAAAGGAAGAGCAAGUUUUGAUUGGACAGUACUCCAAAUAUUUACAGCAUGCAGAACAAGAAAAAUCUAAUAUGUCAGUGUCUGUCUAUACUCCAACAUUUGCCGCAGCUUUUUUAAAUAUCGACUCCCCAAGAUGGCAUGGGGUUCCUAUUGUCAUGAUGUCUGGGAAGGCCCUCGAUGAGAGAUCCAGUUAUAUCAGAAUUAUAUUCAAAGACAGCGUAAUGUGUGUGUGUGGAUGUAAAUCUUUCAAUGUUUCCCAACACAGUGCUAAACAAAUCAUCUCCCAAAUUAACCCAGGAAGUUUACCCACUGUUGGGAUAUUGGUAUCCAAGAACCUGUUUUCUCCACAGUUGACAGAGGGGUUAGAAGACAUGGUAGUUACUGCACAAGAAUCUUUUGUUUUUGGACAGAGUCUGAAUGAGUUUUAUUUUGCAGUACCAAAGAAGGACGAGAAUGCGUAUGUGACAGUUGUUCGAGAUCUCUAUUUGGGAGAUAAGAAGAGUUUUGUGACAACAGAAGGCCUACAAAACUUAUGGAAAAUCUGGAGCCCUGUUGUAGAAAAAAUAAAAUACAAAUAUCCCAGACUUUAUUUAGAAAACAAUGACAUUUCUUUAAAUUUUCGUUAUAGCAAUAAGGUUUUAAGAUUUAUAGACAAAAAAUAUUAUUUAGAUGAGGAAGAAUUAUUAGAUAGAAAAAAGACAUCAGUUUCUUCGAUUCCAUCAAACUUUUUAGGUCAUAUGUUGCAUGUAAAACCAGAAAAACAAUUGUAUAUUUCAUUAGCUGAGAACAUCUAUAGAACUGCUAAAGAGACUGUAGCAAAAACGGGAGUAUUCCAUAUAGCUUUGUCAGGGGGAACAAGUCCCAUCCAACUUUACAGAACCAUUUUAAAAAGAUUUCCCAAAUUUCCAUGGAAAUGGACACACAUUUGGCAAGUGGAUGAGAGAUGUGUGCCAUACAAUGACCAACAGUCAAACUUUAGGACUAUUGAUGAAGAACUUUUACAGCAUGUUCAAAUCCCAUUUGUUAAUAUCCAUCCAAUGCCUGUGGACAUUGCAGGUGUCCUUUGUUCGGAAGGAAUUGAAAAACAAUAUGAAGCAGACCUUAUUCACCAUGUAUCAAAGUUACAAAUGGACUUCAUGAUUCUGGGCAUGGGACAAGAUGGACACACAGCAUCUCUUUUCCCCAAAUCAGUAUUACUUAAAGAUAAUAACAAAUUGGUUGCCAUGACCACAACUGAAGCUAGUCCAAAAAGAAUGACUCUGAUGUAUCCCAUCAUAAAGAAGGCCAAAAAUAUUGCAGUUAUAGUUAAUGGAAAUCAUAAACAUGAUAUAGUUGACAUACUCAGUAGAAGUGAAGGGAAAUCAAUGCAUGAUUACCCUAUUUUAGGAGUGAAUUCUCAGUUAGGAAAUGUAACAUUUUAUAUUGAUAAUGAUGCAUGGUUUGGAAAAUAAAAAUUCC